AUGGAGAACUCAUCUCAUGUUGUCAUCUUACCUUUCCCAGCCCAAGGCCAUGUGAUCCCCCUCAUGGAGCUCUCUCACUGCUUAGUAGAACACGGCUUCAAGAUCACCUUCGUCAACACCGACUUCAACCACAGGCGCAUUCUCAGCGCCUUAUCUGAGAAAGGAGAUCUCUGCAGAGGGAUAAAUAUGGUCUCUAUUCCGGACGGAUUGGGUCCGGGUGAGGACAGGAAUGAUCUUGGAAGGCUUACCGAAGGGUUCACGGUGGUCAUGCCUGGUCAUUUAGAGAAGCUCAUUAGAGAGAUUAACGACGCCGAAGGAGAGAGUUGCAAGAUUAAGUGGAUGGUCGCGGAUGCGAAUAUGGGGUGGUCUUUUGCUGUGGCUAAGAAGAUGGGCAUUAGAGCAGUUUCCUUUUGGCCUCCCUCCGCGGCGUUGCUUGCAUUUAUGCUGAGAAUCCCCAAGUUCAUUGAGGAUGGUGUACUCGACGAAAGAGGGCUACCCAAGAGAAAAGAGACAAUUCAACUGAGCCCCGGAAUGGUCCCUAUCGAGACGACCGAGUUUUCGUGGAACCACAUCGGCGAUCCAAAAGGCCAGCCGAUCAUCUUCCAACUGAUACUCCAGAACAAUCAAGCAACCGAGCUCGCCGACGUCAUCAUCUGCAAUUCGUUCCACGAAAUCGAGCCGGCGACAUUCGCCUUGCACCCAAACAUACUACCCAUCGGUCCACUAAUGGCCGAUCAGAAGUUCGAGAAGCCGAUCGGGCAUUUCUGGCAGGAAGACAUGACUUGUUUACAUUGGCUGAAUGAGCAGCCUAACAACUCUGUCGUAUACGUAGCAUUUGGGAGCUUCACCGUAUUUGAUCGAAUUCAGUUAGAAGAGCUUGCUCACGGACUCGAACUCACUGAACAGCCGUUUUUAUGGGUCGUGAGAGCGGACUUUACGGAUGGAUCAAGUAAUGAAUGGUUAGAAGGGUUCCGAACCCGAGUCAAAGGACAGGGAAUGAUUGUAAGCUGGUCUCCACAACAGCAAGUGCUGGCUCACCCCUCUAUUGCUUGUUUCAUAUCGCACUGCGGGUGGAAUUCGACUAUGGAGGGAGUGCGAAACGGGGUUCCUUUUUUGUGCUGGCCUUAUUUCACCGACCAGUUCCUUAAUCAAAGUUAUAUUUGUAAUUCGUGGAGGAUCGGUUUCAAAUUGACUCCUGAUGAAAGAGGGAUUAUAUCGAGGGAGAGAAUAAAAGAGAAGGUAGAGGAGUUGCUCGCGGACGAAGAGCUAAAGGCGAGGGCUUGUUUGUGGAGGGAUAUUGCUCAUAGGAGCAUAAAUGAAGGAGGGUCUUCGUAUGAGAAUUUCAAAAAAUUUGUUAACAUAAUAAGCCAGGAUCACUGAGAAUUAAUUUCGGCAUUCAGAGGAGGAUCAAAUGAGAGAUACAGAUUUAUCGUGCCUAAUUUACGAUUUGAAAACAAGACAAUGUGGACAGCACCAGAUAAAGAAUUGCUCGCACGUCGAAGCACAAAAAAAAAAAAGAAGAAAAAACCACGAAACUUAUUCUGUAUCAUCUGCUUCUAAAGUUUUCUACUUGAUGUAUUAGGACUCGGGGUCGGUUGUCGAAAGAUGUAAUGGCGCGCAGUGUCCUAUGAUUACAAACAAUUGUACAACUCAUUCAGGUGGGAUCCAUUUCAUUUAUGAAUGUUUGCAAAUUGCAAAGCUAAGGAAUAAAUCCAACCAUUCGAAUCCCACGAGCUUGUGCAAAUCUUACAGAAUUGUUUGUGGGCACAUGCUUAGCAAGAUAUAUGUUGCGUAUUAAAAAGGUUAUUAAUAAGCAUGUUUUCUCAAAAAAUAAGCAUGUUCCUGUUUAGCAUGUUAAGAUGGAAUAAUGUAUUAAAAAAAAAAAAAAAUUUGUUGAUUGUUACGAGAUUUUCAUUUGAGAAUUUUACAAUGGUAACACACACACUAUUCACAGGGAUCAUCACUAAUAAGCAUACAUUAAAACAAGCAAGUGAACUCCACCUCAUUUAGAAAAUCUCUGUAGAGCUAUGCAAAUUUUAAAAUAAUUAUAAACAACAUACAGUGCAUUAUUAGCUCCAAAGAUGAUUCAAUUUUAGAACUAUAUCUCUACACCAUCGUGAGCAAAAAACACACAGGAUUCCAUCAAAUUAGGCUCAAACUUUGCCGAAUAAAUAAGAAAUAAUCAAAUUAGGCUCGAAAAAUUCGCACCAAGUUAGGGGAAACAGAUCAAGUAAUUAUCAGAAAUUACAUAAUUAACAGAAAAGCA